GGUAUAUAUCUAAAUAGGAGAGAGUAUAUGGGAAAGGAUACUCAUUGAUGCUGGAAAUAUUUAAGAAAUAGAAUAAGUAAGAGAAUGGAGACAAUGAAAAGUGUCGGGAAAAAAGAGAGUGUGAUGUGCUAAGUGGAGGAAAGGAAAGAGAAAUUAGAAAAAGAUUGUUGAUUGCUGAUGUUCUAGUCUUUAAGUGGUUUUUUAAAAGUUUUUGUUUUACGACAACAGUUUUCUCCGUCAAGUCAUGUCAUUCUCUCUCCUUCCUUUUUUUUCAUACUCGCUCCUCUCACACACUGACUACUUCUCAGACUCACCCUCAUCUUCUGCCAUACAACAUUUUCUCUCUCCUUUUCUCAUGUUUUUUUUUCUCCCCUUUUUCUCUCUCUUCCUUUUAACCCUACUUUGAUUUCUUCAUUCAAGCGGCCUUUCAGCCUCUUCUCCGCCAUUGAAACAGCUUGAUAGGUGCAUGAUGAGGAGUUUGAGGCAAUUGGCAAUGACGUUUGCACCUCGAGAUGAAGGAGAGGCAGCGUUGGACAACUGAAGAGGACGCGUUACUAAGUGCAUAUGUUAAGCAAUAUGGUCCAAGAGAAUGGCAUCUUGUCUCCCAGCGAAUGAACACACCUCUUGAUCGGGAUGCCAAGUCUUGUUUAGAAAGGUGGAAGAAUUACCUAAAACCCGGGAUUAAGAAAGGUUCACUCACAGAGGAGGAGCAGCGCCUUGUAAUCCGUCUCCAAGCCAAGCACGGGAAUAAAUGGAAGAAGAUCGCUGCUGAGGUGCCAGGGCGUACUGCUAAAAGACUAGGCAAGUGGUGGGAGGUGUACAAGGAGAAACAGGAGAGAACUAAAAAGGAAAUCAGCAAGUGUUUCGAGCCAAUUGAAGAGGGCAAGUACGACCAUAUAUUGGAAACUUUUGCCGAGAAGCUAGUGAAAGAACGGACAUCCCCUGGGCCAACGUUUAUCAUGGCAACUUCCAAUGGCGGUUUUUUACAUAGUAGUGAUCACCCCCCUCCCCCUGUGCCCCCUCCACCGCCAGUUACUUCUACCACAGCGAUGCUCCCUCCAUGGCUUUCAACCUCUAAUGGAGUGAGGCCCCCAUUUUCUCCUUCUGUUACUUUAAGUCUCUCGUCUUCUAUUGUCCCUACGCCUGCCCCAACUGCAGUGGCUUGGCUUCCACAAGAAAGAGUACCCCAUAAUAUUGAUAACUCCCCUCUUACUUUGGGGUGCUUGCCAUCUUGUCCUGGGGCACUUCCUGAGCAGAUGAUCAUGACGGAGCUCAUGGAUUGCUGUAGAGAAUUGGAUGAAGGGCACCGUGCUCUGGCAGCUCAUAAGAAGGAAGCUGCAUGGAGAUUAAAUAGAGUGGAGCUUCAACUAGAGUCAGAGAAGGCCAGUCGAAAGAGGGAAAAGAUGGAGGAGAUUGAGGCAAAGAUAAACGUUCUCAAGGACGAGCAGAAAGCUAGCAUCGAGAGAAUCGAAGCAGAAUACCGGGAGCAGCUUGCUGGGCUGCGUAGAGACGCUGAAGCUAAGGAGCAGAAGCUGGCUGAGCAAUGGGCUACUAAGCACAUGCGGAUUACAAAGUUACUUGAACAGAUGGGCUGCAGGACUCGGGUCUCUGAACCAAGUUGAUUUUCUGGAGCAAAAUGGAAUAAUAUGUCUAUUAAACUACAUAUUGUCUGCUUGUUUGCAUUGCUGAUCAAUUGAACAUUAGUUUGCAUUUUGUGCACUUGCUGUGUUUGCAUUGAUUUCAUUCAACCAUACUCUUGAUUCAUCAGCUACCAGGUCCUGUAUAAUUGUAAGAGAAUGGUGCAACAAGAGAGCAGAAUUACCUCCUAAUGUAGCUGCAUGUCAGCAGCUUUGAAAAGUGAUCUUGUUGAUUGUGAGAAGUUUUGUCUCUCUUCUAUCAAUUUAUAAAUGCUUAAAAAUUGUUUCUCUUUA